AUGUCUUCCACUCUGUAUAAACAAAGCACAAAUUUCACUCACUCUACCGGUUCAUUCUUGAAGAGUGCUCCUGUAGAGUUGACCACCGUGACCGGUUACAACGAUUUCAUCAAGAAGUUGAAUAAGAAGGAUGGUGAUAAGAUCUCUACGAUUAUAGCAGAGGACAAAUCCCAAGGGUAUGUGUUGCAAGACGGUGAGACCAUUGCUACGAUACAUGGUGAAGCAAAGGACUACCUGCUGUCACUUGGAGGUAUCACCGAGUGA